GAUCUGAUGUUUGGCCCAUGUUGUUCUUAUCCUUUGCCACAACGACAUGGGAUAAGUCUUCAGGCCUCAGGAGUACGACUGGUUAAGGUUACAGGGGUACCUGGAUUACAUUUUGAAAGCUACAAACCCUAAAUAGUUAGAAGGACAUGACGUUGCCAAGUAUGGGGUAGGUUGUAACUGUGGGGUUUGUGACUUGUUUUUUUGUUUCCUGGAGGUUGGAUUUUAUAUUAUCAGCUGGCCUUUAGGUGAUUGACUUUUGUGAAGAUGUCUAGUUGAUGAAGUCAAAGUUGUGGUAAGAAGGGGUAAUUCUUUAGAAUUUGAAAAUUAUCCAUGCGAUUUGAACUGGUUAAGUAGAUUAGGAUCCUAAAUACAUGAAGCAAGACAGAAAAGCAUUCGAUGACGUUGAAUUUCUGGUCUGAUUAUGCUCCAUAGAAAGAGUUUGUUAAUUUUACCAAAUAUUUUUCUCAGAAAAUCUAUGCGUUGAAAGAAUGGAUUCUGUACGGCUAAACUAUGUGAUUGAAUAAAUCCUUCUCCACCUGUUGCGUUGCGGGUCGAGGAUUCCUUCUAUUUCUCAUAUUGCUCGUAUCCUUCACUGUUUAGAGAUUCUUCCUUUGUAUUAAUGCUAAUGGCCGAGAUUCAGACAAACAAAGUACAUAAGAGUAAUUUUAGUAAUAAGCAAUUGCAGAGUUUGAGGAUAUGCUUAUCCUUUUGGAAUUCUAGCAGUAACGUAGGAGGGCACCAAGUUCCUGGUAAUGGGACUUGAAGACAAACAAAGGUAUCCGUCAUUGUCGUCAGAAGACCGAGAACCUGUAAAGUUUCCUCGGACACAACGACAUAGAAUAGAAAAAUAUGUAGUAAUCCAAUCCUUCUUUUUCUUGACAAAAUUGUGGAUACCUUUGUGCAAAAGCUUUCAUUUUCUGACAACUCUCUAAUAAUACUCUUCUCUGUCGUUAUCUUGCCUUUUCUUGUGACCUUCUUCACCUAUAUAAACUGUGCCCUCCAAAAUCAACUCAUCACCAUUUCCAAAUAUAACCAAAACAUUGUUGAAGUGGUUUGAUUCAGGACUUACAAGUCUUGAGAAUCUCACAUGUUUAAGUCCUUGCAAGUUCAUCUUGCACCAUAACAAAGUUGGCAUAAUUCAAAGGUCUUGGUGUUUGUUAUAGCUUGAGAAUACAGGUUAGUAAACCAUGGUUGAGGCUUUUGCUGGUAGACAUGACCUUGCAAGGUCAAUGAGGUCGCUGAGCACAAGGUCUCCGAGCAUGAGGAGUUUAUCAUCAGCUAGUAAAAGAAAUUGGGCCUCAGCGAGUAUUCGCGAGGUGUGGGUGAAUCAAGGAGAUAUGUUUCAAAAGAGUGGGAGAGAGGAAGAUGAAGAGGAGCUUAAAUGGGCUGCAAUCGAGAGACUGCCUACAUAUGAUCGGUUGAGAAAAGGCAUGCUCAAGCAGGUUAGGGAUAGUGGAAGUGUUCGCUAUGAAGAGGUUGAUGUUGCCAAUCUAGAUGUUCAAGGCAGGAGGCAGCUCAUAGAGAGUAUAUUCAAGGUUGCUGAAGAAGACAAUGAGAUAUUUCUUCGUAAGCUGAGGGAAAGGACUGAUAGGGUGGGAAUUGUCACUCCCAAGAUUGAAGUCCGGUUCGAGCAUUUGUCUGUCGAAGGAGAUGCAUAUGUUGGAACCAAGGCACUUCCAACUCUAGUGAAUGUUGCUGUGAACAAAAUAGAGGGACUUCUGGGUUUUUUGAGGCUUUCCCCGUCUAAGAAAAGAGUAGUCAACAUUCUCCAUAAUGUAAGCGGAAUAGUGGAACCAAUGAGGAUGACCCUGCUUCUAGGACCUCCAGGGUCAGGCAAAACUACAUUGCUACAGGCACUUUCAGGAAAGAGGGACAAGGAGCUCAGGGUAUCUGGAAAAGUCACCUACUGUGGACAUGAAUUGCAUGAGUUUGUUCCUCAGAGAACAUGUGCUUAUAUAAGCCAGCAUGAUCUUCAUCACGGUGAGAUGACAGUCAGAGAGACACUGGAUUUUUCAGGGCGCUGUUUGGGUGUUGGAGCAAGAUAUGAGUUGUUGGCAGAGUUGUUGAGAAGAGAAAAGGAGGCUGGGAUAAAACCAGAUCCUGAGAUAGAUGCAUUCAUGAAAGCGAUAGCUAUAGAAGGCCAGGAAGCUAGUCUAGUUACAGACUAUGUUCUCAAGAUACUUGGAAUGGAUAUCUGUGCUGAUAUCACGGUGGGUGAUGACAUGAGAAGAGGUAUAUCCGGCGGUCAAAAGAAGCGUGUUACUACCGGAGAGAUGUUGGUUGGACCAGCAAAAGCUCUUUUCAUGGAUGAAAUAUCAACUGGUUUGGACAGUUCAACAACUUACCAAAUUGUCAAAUUUAUGAGACAAAUGGUUCACAUCCUGGAUGUCACCAUGAUAAUUUCUCUUCUACAACCUGCACCUGAGACGUAUGACCUUUUCGAUGACAUUAUUUUACUCUCAGAAGGUCAGAUUGUUUACCAAGGUCCACGUGAAGAAGUACUUGAAUUCUUCGAAAGUGUUGGUUUCAAGUGCCCAGAAAGAAAAGGAGUUGCAGAUUUCUUGCAAGAGGUAACAUCAAAGAAAGAUCAAGAGCAGUACUGGAGCAAAAGGCAUGAACCUUAUCGAUAUGUAUCGACACUUGAGCUUGUGAACUGCUUCAAGUCUUUCCGCACAGGCCAAAGAGUCUCUGAACAACUUAGAAUUCCGUAUGAUAAAUCUACUGCUCACCCGGCUGCACUAGUGAAAGAUAAGUAUGGAAUCUCCAAUAUGGAACUCUUUAAGGCAUGCUUUUCGAGAGAGUGGUUAUUGAUGAAGCGCAGCUCUUUUAUCUAUAUUUUUAAGACAACCCAGAUCACUAUCAUGGCACUCAUUGCCAUGACAGUGUUCUUAAGAACUGAAAUGACAGUUGGCACUGUGGAAGGUGGAGGAAAAUAUUACGGUGCGCUGUUCUUUAGUCUCAUUAACGUAAUGUUCAAUGGGAUGGCAGAGAUGGCGAUGACUAUGACUCGGCUUCCUGUAUUUUUCAAACAAAGGGAUUUCAAAUUCUAUCCAGCAUGGGCUUUUGCAUUACCAAUAUAUCUGCUGAGGAUCCCUGUCUCCUUGUUGGAGUCUGGGAUAUGGAUCUUGCUCACAUAUUACACCAUUGGUUUUGCUCCUGCUGCUAGCAGGUUUUUCAAACAAUUUCUAGCAUUCUUCAGUGUGCAUCAGAUGGCUCUCUCUCUCUUCCGUUUCAUUGCUGCAGUUGGAAGAACAGAAGUUGUGUCAAGCACCCUUGGCACCUUUACACUGCUGGUAGUUUUUGUCCUCGGUGGAUUCAUCGUUUCCAAAGAUGAUAUUGGACCCUGGAUGAUCUGGGGCUACUAUAUUUCUCCCAUGAUGUAUGGGCAGAACGCCAUAGUCCUGAACGAAUUUCUUGAUGAUAGAUGGAGUGUUCCAUAUCAUGACGAAGCAUUUUCUCAACCCACGGUUGGAAAGGUUCUUCUCAAAAUGAGAGGCAUGUUUAUGGAAGAAUAUUGGUAUUGGAUUUCUGUUGGGGCACUUCUUGGAUUUGCUAUGCUUUUUAAUGUCCUUUUCGCAGCGGCACUGACUUAUUUGGAUCCUUUGGGAGACUCCAAAUCCAUUAUUCUGGAUGAGGAUGAGACUAAGAGGUCAUCCUCCGCUGGAAAGCAAAAUAUUAAGGCCAUAGAAAUGACUCCAGCAUCUGCUUCCCAAUUCACUGAAGAGAAAGCACUUAAGCAACGCGGAAUGGUGUUGCCCUUUCAGCCGUUGUCACUUGCAUUUAAUCAUGUUAAUUACUAUGUCGAUAUGCCUGCAGAAAUGAAAAUGCAAGGAAUCGAAGAGGAUCGCCUACAGCUGUUACGAGAUGUUAGUGGUGCUUUCAGACCUGGUGUUCUAACAGCGUUGGUUGGGGUGAGUGGUGCUGGAAAAACCACUUUGAUGGAUGUUCUAGCAGGUCGGAAAACUGGAGGGUACAUUGAAGGAGGUAUCAGCAUUUCUGGUUAUCCAAAGAAGCAAGAAACUUUUGCUCGGGUUAGCGGUUACUGUGAGCAGAAUGAUAUCCAUUCUCCUUACGUUACUGUAUACGAAUCACUCCUGUACUCUGCUUGGUUGCGUCUCGCCAAGGAAAUUAAUGAGGAUACAAGAAAGAUGUUUGUUGAGGAAGUCAUGGAUUUGGUUGAGCUGAACACACUAAGGAAUUCUAUGGUAGGACUUCCAGGGAUAGAUGGUUUGUCGACUGAGCAGAGAAAGCGACUCACUAUAGCAGUAGAAUUAGUUGCUAAUCCAUCCAUCAUUUUCAUGGAUGAACCAACAUCAGGCCUUGAUGCUAGAGCUGCUGCAAUUGUUAUGCGUACAGUGAGAAAUACCGUGGAUACAGGCCGAACUGUAGUCUGCACAAUUCACCAACCAAGCAUAGAUAUUUUUGAAGCUUUUGAUGAGCUACUUCUGAUGAAGAGAGGAGGACAAGUCAUCUAUGCAGGAUCCCUCGGUCAUGAGUCUCACAAGCUCAUAGAAUACUUUGAAGCUGUACCAGGGGUUCCUAAGAUCAAAGAUGGUUAUAAUCCUGCUACAUGGAUGCUGGAGAUCAGUUCAACUGCAGUCGAGGCUCAACUCAAAGUAGACUUUGCAGAAAUUUAUGCCAAUUCUGAACUCUACCAGUCAAAUCAGGAAUUAAUUGAAGAACUAAGCAAGCCAGAACCAGGAUCUAAGGACCUUUACUUCCCGACACAAUACUCGCAGGACUUCGUUACACAAUGCAAGGCAUGCUUCUUGAAACAGAAAUGGUCUUAUUGGAAGAACCCACGAUAUAAUGCCAUGCGAUUGUUCAUGACAGUGGCUAUUGGUCUUAUAUUUGGACUUAUUUUCUGGAACCAAGGGCAAAAGAUAAACAAGCAACAAGAUCUAUUCAAUUUGCUUGGAGCAAUGUAUUCUGCAGUCAUUUUCCUGGGAGCCACCAACACUUCCUCAGUGAUGUCAAUAGUGUCGAUAGAAAGAACGGUCUUCUACCGUGAAAGAGCUGCUGGAAUGUACUCUGAACUGCCUUAUGCAUUUGCUCAGGUUGCCAUUGAGGGAAUUUAUGUUGCAAUCCAAACUAUGGUCUAUAGUAUAUUGCUCUAUGUGAUGAUUGGAUUCUCCUGGGAAUUUACAAACUUCUUGUGGUUCUAUUUCUUCAUAUUCACUGCCUUCAUGUACUUCACACUUUACGGGAUGAUGCUUGUUUCUCUCACUCCUGGCCAUCAAAUUGCUGCAAUUGUUAUGUCGUUCUUCAUGAGUUUCUGGAACCUGUUCUCUGGCUUCCUUGUCCCGAGAACGCAAAUUCCUCUCUGGUGGAGGUGGUACUACUGGGCUUCUCCAGUCUCUUGGACAAUCUAUGGCCUCAUUACCUCCCAGGUAGGCAACCUCAAAAAAAUGAUCGAGAUACCUGAAGUUGGUCCUGUCGCAGUAAAGGACUUCCUCAAGGCACGCUUAGGAUUUGAAUAUGACUUCCUAGGAGCCGUUGCAGCAGCCCAUAUUGGUUUUGUUGUACUCUUCUUGUUUUGCUUUGCCUACGGAAUUAAGUACUUGAAUUUCCAAAGAAGAUAGGCAAGAGUCUUGAUAGAAUUUUCCAGACUGUGUUCUUGUCUGAAAUCUGGACAAAUUUAUCAGUGGUUUGCUUGCCUCCCUCCCUUAAAUUUUCUAUUUCUUCAUGGCUUGUGUAUCCAUUAUUUAUGUAAGUUCCAAUUUAUUGU